AUGAAUUGGGUUGGUGAGAAGUUAGAGGAGUUAGAAAAACGAAAAUUAUUACUAGGUCGCGGUGAAAUUUUGCAGGUGGGUAGGCGCAAUCCAAUGGAUGGUAACAGCAGCUGGAGUGCGCCUUGGUCCAGCAAAAAUAUUGCCGUCAACUCGCAAGGCUCGUCACCCCUAUUCGGCUUGCCUAGAGAGAUUUACGAUGCCAUUUACUAUGAGUUAUGGCAAUCGGUUGGUGUAAGACAUCAUAUCUUCUGGCACGAAAACCUCAUAGAGCCACACCAAAGCCAGUACUGUUUGUGGUCUGGCAUUACAGGCUUCAGUGUGGAGGACAGCCUGCAACUACAGCUUGAGCAAGUAUGGGACGAACACGGAUGCCCAAAUACCCUGAAUUGCGACAAGAUCACGGCCAUAGAGAGUAUCAAACCCGAAGGAGCGAAGUUUGACUGUCCAUGCUUGGUUCGAUCCACUCGGGUACAAUACACGUACUUGACGAUGAUGCUAUCUUGCAAACUGGUGCACAAAACCAUUGAAAUGCUCCUUGGCAAACGGGCAACAGGAGUGUUUCACAGACAUAUCAGACAUCUAGAGUUGUCCGUGGUAAAUGAGUUUACCUCUCGUAUGCUAUGCUGCACCAAACAAAACGAUGAGCCGCACACGCCUUAUGACUUCCUUUGGCUGAAUUUAGCGGAGAUGAUAAACUGCCGCCAAAUAGAUAUCUGGAUUGUAGCGCGUCGGCACGCUGGCGCUCCCAACACAUUGGGCAAGCAUGUCUGCUUUACCAGCCUCAGCGCAAGUGAGCUUGAGAAUAUUUUCCUUAAGUUAGCAGAUGCUAUUCCACAUUGCGAGGUCACAGUGACUUCGCCAUUGGGAAAGGACAUCAGUCCUGAGCAGGGCUUUGUGGACAAUUUACAACUAGGUCAAGGCAUUCAUUUAUGGAAGAGAUACACGGGCGAUAAGUUUCGAUCGGCACCCGGCUUUCGUAUUUUUCAAAAGCUUGAUAGGUAUAUGGGAACAUAG